UGUUGGUGCUGUGGUUUCCAGGGUGACAGUUUCCGUGGGGACUCGUUAAGCUGUCGCACUGAUUCCUCCCUCCCGAACUCUGACCCCCUCUGGCUUUUGUUCGGUUGCUCGCUUCAAUCUUCCAGCGAGGAUUCGGCGGAAAAAAAAGAAUUUAAAUUAGAAAUCCGUUAAAUUAGCUCCCCGCCGCUGUCGAUGACAAUGCCGUUGGUCGCGUUCAAAAGGUCGUCUCACCCCCGCCAGCCCGACUGGGAUGUUACUCUGGUUAAACGACGUUUCCAGGGCAGACAUUAAUUAGAGGGAAAUAAAGCAAUUUCUUGAACCAUUGAGAGAUCAUGGAUGAGAAGAGAGCUGCUUCCGUAGACUUCGUCAAGGAUUUCCAGGAGUACCUCACUCAACAGACUCAACAUGUGAAUAUGAUAUCUGGCUCGGUUGGUGUGGAGAAGGACCCAGAAUCUCUACAAACUGGAUCGGAAAAUGAUCAAAAUGGAAUGCAUCAUGCUUCAGUCGAAGUUUCAUUGGAUGAUGGCUCUGGGCUCAUGGCGGAUGGGUUUGAAAGAACAUAUGAUGGAAAACUAAAAUGCCGAUACUGCAACUAUGCUAGUAAAGGGACCGCACGCCUGAUGGAGCAUAUCAGAAUGCACACAGGUGAGAAGCCCCACAGAUGUCACCUAUGCCCGUUUGCUUCAGCGUAUGAGCGGCACCUCGAAGCACACAUGCGCUCACACACGGGUGAAAAACCAUACAAAUGUGAGCUUUGCUCUUUCUGCUGCAGUGAUCGAAGUAACCUGUCCCAUCACCGUAGACGUAGGCACAAACUUCUUCCCUUGAAAGGUGCUAGGACCUGCCUGACCAAUAAGAAAAUGUUGGGCAUUUUGCAGAAAAAAACUAACAACUCCCUGAGUUAUGGGACAAGACUUCUGAUUAAUCUAAGUCCUUCUUCCAUGAUGGUACAGAAGCCAGAUUACCUCAGUGACUUUUCUCAUGAUAUGUCAGCUAACUCCUAUGAGGGUUUGCAAAAAGUACAGUCUGGUGGGAUUUCGAGGGACACGCAAGAUAUUAUGGUGGAUAAUCCAUUAAACCAGCUUUCUACCUUAGCAGGCCAAUUGUCCAGCCUUCCACCUGAAAACCAAGCUCCAGCAUCUCCUGAGGUGGUAACCUGCAGGGAUGAAAAACCAUAUGUGAUCUCACAGUCUACAGCUCCAGUCGUUUCCACGGUAGCUUCCAGUGUGGCCCAAAGCUCAUCCCCUAUCAGUCCAGAUGCAUGUCACACGCAAAAUCAGCGGAACUUCAGUCCUGUGGCUGGCCCCAGUAGUGAGCAUAGUGCUCAAACAAGUACACCCAGCGUGACGAACAGCCAGCCUAGCACCCCUGCUCCUGCACUUCAAGUCCAGGAUCCCCAACUUCUGCAUCAUUGCCAACACUGUGACAUGUAUUUUGCAGACAAUAUCCUUUAUACUAUUCACAUGGGGUGCCAUGGUUACAAGAACCCAUUCCAAUGUAACAUAUGUGGAUGUAAAUGUAGAGACAAAUAUGACUUUGCUUGUCAUUUUGCUCGGGGUCAACAUAAGCAGAAUUAACAUUACAGCACUUAAUUAAGAGCUGGUAUUCAAUUUCAAUACUUAUUGGACUAAUGUUGCUUCAUAUUGAGAAUAUUAAAUAUGUAAUAAGAGGGAAUGAUUUACUUGCCUCACUUUUUUUUCCUUUUGUGGAUACUUUAAAAUGCUUUUUUUCACAGUCUUCUGAUGUAGUUAUGGCUUAGGAUUAGACCACUUCAAAAUAUAUUGGUGCAGCACAAUUUAAUAUAUCUCCUACAGUAUAAAUUCCGCAGUAGCAUCACUUCUUACCUCCAUGAAGAUUUCAGUGAUCUGAGUGAACCAUGGCUAAUACUAGUGUGUCAAGUGCUGAUCUUGAUAAGUAUCAGCCACUAGUGAGAAAAAAACAUUACUGCAGAGGUAACAAAAAAGAUGUCAUCUUCAGUUACUGCCCCAAUGUAUUUUUUAAUAUUCUACAGUACACUGAAAUAGCAUUUAGAUGUAUAGAUUAUAUUAUUUGAAUGCAUUUUUGUAUACGUUCUUUCUGCAUUGAAAAUACUGACCCAUUUAAAGGUUCUAUAUUUUGACAUGAACAACAAAAGGCCUAUCAAGGAAUAAAUAAAUUAUUUGUCAAAUAUAUUGAAAAUAGCCCACUAGAUCUGGUAAGCAUUCACAUUUCAUUACUCAACAGUUAACAGCUCACCAUUGUAAAGUCAAAUUUAUCUGCUUCAAGUAUGUCAAACUAAGCAGUUGUCCCUUAAAAUCUUCAGAAAUGUCUCUAUGCCAAUUCUAAGGAUCAGAGAAACAUUUCUGCAUCAAUGAUACAAAAAUGUAAAAUGUUUUGGUACGGUUUUGCAUUUCCAAAAUAGCUAAAAUCUGUCUAGCUAUAAUUACUAUAUCUAUGUUUAGUAGUGGUCUUUAUUUUGCAAGUGGUCAGUGUCAGUGGAUGACCUGACAACUGCAAAACCAUUCAUGUUGUGGCCUAUGUUAGGACAAUCCUCAUCCUUUUACUUCACUGCAAAGGCAUGAACUCAGCAGAAUUGUCCAAUAAUAAUCUUAAUUUAUUGAAUCAAUAUAAAGUCAACACAUUUAAUAGUGAUGAAAUCGAAAUCUUAGUGUCAUACUUACACAGUUAAACAAUUUUGUUAUUUUAACGAACUAAACUCUUUGAUUUGUUACGGAAGGAUUAUUUAUUGAGUUUUAUGAUUUCUUGAUACGUCCCACUUUUCAAUCACUUCCAGUAAGUGAGAUCAGUGCAUGAGCCUUUGAGCGUUCAUAUAGACAAAUCCCCUUCUUGCCCAUGUACAUCAGCUCAAUCUGUUUAUUAAUCUCUGGGCAUUUCACAUGCUUUAAGGGUUAAGCUAGACUUUGGAUCAGAAUUUUCUUGUGUUGUGCAUUUCUCACACACCAGAAUUUGCUUGACCUUGAAUAAUAGCCACCUUCAUAAACAUGUUGGCGCUUAAUUCUCUCUCUCAGCAUUCUAAUUCCAGCUUUUUACUUACAGCACUAAACGUCCUUUGUUACUACUAAUGCUAUUUUACUUUGCUUGCAAUCCAACAGCCUGUAUCUUUCACACUGUUGAAAGUUGGAUUUGCAUAGACGAGCUUCCACUUAACAACAAUAACUUUGACUGAAGAAAGUUGCAGAAAUCCUGGGAACAUGGUAUAAAAUGUAACUAUCUUGUUUUCUGGGACUUGUGCAGCUUCUCUGUCAAAAUUAGGGCAGAUAUGCUGGAGAACCACAAUUAAAUUUUACCCCUUAAUUUUCAAACAUUUUUGUAGAUUUUACAGGUUGAGUUUUGCUUGAAAUUUAUUUCAGGAACUUUCCCCUCUAACAUAUACUGUAGCUAUUAGAUAUAGUCAUGUCUUUUUGGAUAUAGUUAGAUCAAAACUGUAGAAUUUUAAGUAGCACAUUAGAUUGUUUUUAUGUCAAUAUUUCAUGCAAAAUACAUAUUCUAAACUGAGUUCAAUGUAUAACCUGCAAACACUCUCCUUUACAGUUAGAUUUUGGAAACUUGAAGCACUUUUUUUUAAACAUUAUGUUGGAAUACACUGUAGAUAUACAAUUCUCCCUCUGAGGCUAAUUCCAUAAUGUAAAUAAUCUGCCCUGGUAACUAGUGACAUCACAAAUUCCACAAAAAUAUGAAUGCACUAAUCUGUUGUUGGAUUAAGGUCAGCUUCUGGAGUAAAAUAAAUGCAAGGCACUUCACUUGUGUAUAUCUGAAGUUUGUGGCUGCUUGUGUUCUGGGAGUACAGAGACCUUGCAUUGAGGUCCAGCAGAAAUUAUCUCGUUGCUUACAAAGGAAGGAAGUACAAAGUGAAUUAUCAACAUUUGCAAAAGUGAAGAAACGAAAAAGCAAAUGAAUCUCCAUUGUGACACAAACACAAGAGACUGUACUAAGAAAGUUUCAAUGAGAGCUCAAUUAGUCAAUGUUAUUUUUACAGUGUCUGUCUGUCACAGACCCCACUAAUUGCUGUACGGGAAUGGUGCAUUGUUGAUUGUAAAUUAUAGAUUGUUCUUUAACGGACUCCAUUAAAUAUGCUUGUCACCAAAACAAAUAAAAGUUACACACCUUUUGUGCCUUCAAGGUUGAAAACUGAUCGAAUUUAACAAGGUUUUUUAUUUAUGAUUACUUGUUUUCAGUAUAUUUGGUUAGCAUUUAGCACAAAAUAGCUGUGUCCUGUUUACCAAAACAAUCAUCUUUCUCAUGUCACUUUCGAAGUGGAGAUUAUGUAAAUUUGAAAUUAUACUGUCUGCUGAAUUCUCCUUUAUUGAUUCUAAAUUGAUGACAAAAGGUGGGUUCUCGUGGUCAGUGAGAAAGAAGAGUCGUUUAUUUUAUGUUCAGUAAGUUCAUUUUUUUCUGAUCUGCAUUACUGGCUAUUGGUACAGAAUUUAAAUAAGCAUAAGUUUUAGCCUUAAUUUUAGAUUAAAUUCUAAAUUAAUAACCAGCGGUGCCUAACAAAUAAAUACAUCUAUGGUACAAAAAUGUUGAUUUUUUUCAGGGUUCCAGAAUACACAUUAAGUCAGAAGAUAAUCUGUACAGCAUGUUUUUAAUCAAGUCAUGUCAAGUAACUGUAUAUGUUGUUAUAAUGUAUUUACACAAUAGAUGAAUCAAAUUCAUUUUAGAUAUGAAGUUUUAAUGAUGGAAUAUUGGAUUUUUUUAAGUAGAGACACUGACUUUACAAGGUGAUUGCAAAUAUGUGUCACUUUGCCUCAGUGUACAAUCUCAUCUCUUGGUCGGAAUGUUGUAGAUUAAACAAAUGCCAGGAGUCGAAUGCAUAAUUUAUGUAUCUCCGUAUUGCAGGUAUGUUUGAUUGUUGAAGAUGCAGACCUGUGGAUAAGAUGUUAGACAUUUCUCCAUUCCCUGAGAACAAAUAUCAAAUGGCAUUAAUUGAAUAGGGAGUUCUUCAAGCUCGUGAACCAUAGUACAUCUUUCAAUCAAUCACCAAAAUGAUUUUAACAGGUUAAUUAUUUCAUUGCUAAUGCAUUGUGAGAAGGCAAUUUAUGACGCAAGCAUUACUUCACUGAACUGUGUGCUCUGGUUGUCAAUUUAAGUUUCUUGCUAAUAUGGGGUUGGACCUACUGGUAAUAAAGCAUGUAUGCAAACAGGCAGUGAUUUACCUUAUUUUAACUUCCACACUUCUUGCACUUAGCGGUUUAAAAUACAAAAGCAAUUCUAUUUAGUUUGAAAAUUCAGUUCAUACCUUUUUUCAGGGUGAGGUAUUUUAACAAACAAGAAAUAUAUAGCAGCACAUGGGUUUAUCCAAGCUGUUCCUAAAAUACUAAUCUACCUUGUCCAGACUUCCAAGUCCUCUUGAUACCUCACCCCAAUGGUUAUAGCAACAUAUGAACCUAUAUAGCAGACAUUAAUUGUAAGAUUGUUGUAGCUGAUCCGGAUGAAUCCUAGUUCAUUGUUCAAAGACAGGGUUCCAGAUGGUGCUUCUAUAACAAUUAAAGUAAGAUUAUCUGACAGAUUUGAGAGAAAAGAGAAGUGCAGAUAGAUGAAUUUUAGAAUCCCUAGAAUAAUUCUGGCUGAGAUCAGUCAAACAAUAACUGGCAUUCUAUAGUUGUUUUUAACAUAAUGAACUGAGCCAAAUUAUUUCACACCAUCAUUCUCAGACAAGACUUGACACAAAGAAACAAAGGAUCUUGGGAAGUGGUCCAUUUUAAGGAGCAUUUUGAUGGAGACCAGAAAGACAGGUUUAUGGAGGGAAUUCCAGAGCUUAGGGCCUAGACAACUCAAUGUAGCCAGUGGAGAGAUGAAGGAAAUUGAGGCUUCAUGAAAGGUAAACAGUAGCGAAACAUGGAGUUGUUGAAAAUUUAUGAUAUUUGAGGAGGUUACAAAGGUAGUGCCUACAAAUCCACAGUGAGAGUUGAAUAUAAAGAUGAGAAUUUUAAUUUGACUGCACCUGGAUAUGAGCUAAUACAGCACAGUGAGUACAGGGCUGAUGGAUGAAUAGGACUUAGUGAGAGUCAGAACAUGGAGAACAGAGCUUUGGACCAGCUGAAUUUUAUGGGAGGUUUGACUAAGCUCAAAUUUUCAAAAGAGUCAUUCCUAGUCUAUUUGUAAGUUAUUUAUAUUAACAUACUUGAGACAAUCACAUCGCCAAGAAAGCCACUGAUAUUAAGGUUUUUUUGCAGAAUAUACUCCAAUAAAAGUUCUGGAAUAUCUAGCAAUUUAGGCAAUUAAAAAUGAAAUUUGGUUCAGUCAUCAUGUAAAUAGGUCUAAUUAUAAAUGGAGAAAAUUACAUUUGAUUUCCAAAACACCUGUAAAAUUCUGGAAUGCCAUUUAAUAAAAUCAUAUUUUACUUAUUCAGUUACUUGAAAACAAAAAAUCAGCACAUGUAUCAAAGUUAAAUUUCUAUUUAGUAGUUUUGAAUAUUAGUGUUUAGCUAUGUAUGAAACCUUCAAUAAUAGUCAGCAGCUCAACUAGAUCUUUAUUGUAAUAAAUUUUCUCAGAUUCCUUAAAAUCAUCCUCCAGUGUUUCUGACCAAAUGAAAAGCAGUAUCCUCUAGAAAUUCUGACCUGAGUCCAGUAUUCCAUCAUUUAUUUGUAUAUAACUAUAUACAGAAAUGUUUAUUAAUGUGAUGGCAGACACCACUGAGAUAGCACUUUAUUAAGUAGAACAUGAAGGAACUUAGUGGAAAAAGUGGGUGGUGGUGGUGAUUGAGCUUUUGGCUUGAUUAUUCCAAGCCUUUACAAUUAAUAAUGCUUUGUCUAAUUAAGUUUUAUAUGCCCAAGUUUAUUUUGGUUCAAUUUGUAUGCUGUAAAGUGAAAAGUUUUGUUACAUAUCAGUAUCUAAUGUAAAGUGUCUUUUUUGUUUGCAUUGUGUCGUUUUUCAGCAGUGCAUUUGUAUAUAUGUACAUACAUUAAUGUGCAUAUAAUUCAAUGCAAUUUAAAUUUAGAUGCUGUAAAAAUGUGAAUAAACUGUUAAUGUGACUGUUAAAUAGCCAUUUAAUUUAACUAUUGCUAACAUUGGUACAAGUGCUUGAUAUAAAAAUGCUAACAGUGUUUAAACUAGCUACAAUGUUUGUACUUCAAAAAAGACUAUACAUAAAAGUAAAGUUCCUUGAUAUUUCAUGUGAGAUUAUCGAAACUACAUGCCCCUACAAGUUGCAGUGCCAAGGUGCACUGUGCUGUGAUAUGAGCAGUUUAAACAUUGUUUCCUGUUUUUAAGUUAGAUUGUGUAAAAUAAAGCAGAGCUGGAAAAUUCGGUUGUUUUUGAGUUGCAUUUUGUAUAAUACCUUCACACAUUGCUUUAAAUACAGCAGUAUGAAGUGUAACUGAAGGUGUUGGUUGCUCUUUGUACAAUAAAAGUAAAAGUUUACAUUUUC